CACGACAGGGCUGCAGCAUCCAAGCCUGCGCUCACCACCGCCAGAGCGGUACGCAUACGCCACGCACACGCCCGCUUUCCAGCCUUCAAGCCCCUCCACCCGUCACCAUAGCGCCCUCUUCCUCUCCUCUUUCUCCUCCUCCUCCUCCCCCAUCCGGCGCCGAACCGGACGUCUCCCCCCAGGUUGAACGCACUCACACGAAACACUUCACCCUUCAGCACCUCCGAGCCCUCAAGCGCAAAGCCAAAGUCAGGCUGAAAGGCGGCCUCAAGACGAGCCUGCCGCCCUCCUCCACCAUGUCGGGUGCCCCGCUCGCCGUGCCCGCCUCGCCCGCCAGUUCCUCGAAGCGCUCGCGCAGCAGGGACAGCUCGGCCGCAUCGCGUGCGUCGUCGACGUUGGCAUAUACACCUGCGGGGAAUACGCCGGCGCAGACUCCGAUGGCGAGUGCGCCCAGCUUGGUGAUACCGGCGACGGGGCCAGGAAGUAGCGCUGGGGGGCCGGAUGGACAGGAUCCGACGCCGUAUCCGGCGUUUUUGAGACUGAGCAAAGCAGAUGUCCAUGUCAAGAUGGCGGAUUUGGAGUGGGACCAUAGGCAGAAGUUGCAGCAGGGAAGUCAGAAACAUAUAUUACAGCAGCAGAGGCAGCGGCAGAGCGAGGAGGAGGGGGAAUCGCAGCAGGGACAGGAGCCGGAGCAGCCAGAGAUAUCGCCAUACACGCGGUGUAGCGGUGAGGAGGUCGCGAGCCGGAACCGCUAUGUGAAUGUCGAUCCAUACGAGCUGAACCGCGUGCGGUUAAAGGUCCCGGAAGGCUGCAGCGAUUACAUCAAUGCAAGCCCGAUUUUGCUGAAGUCGACGCGGUCGGGGAGGGUAACGCGAUUCAUCGCUACGCAGGGCCCCAAACAAGACCUCGUCUCCCACUUCUGGCGUAUGAUCUGGCAAGAAACGCGCUCUCCCGCAACCAUCGUCAUGCUCACCCGCACCCACGAAGCGGGGCGUGAAAAAUGCUACCCCUACUACCCGCUCGCCAGCUCCCACUCCCAGUCCGCUUCCCCUGAAUCCUCCUCCUCGUCAACGUCACAAUCGCAAUCGCAGUCGCAGUCGCAAUCACCGUCCACAGAGAUCUCGCUCUACAACAACGACUUUGGCGACGAUCUCGCCCUCGCCGUCCGCCUCGUCGAGUUUACCGAGCACGAAGAAGCACGCGCGGAGGUGAGAGAAUUGGCGCUUAUCAAGCAUCACUUCGAUGAGGAGAAGAGUUGUUGGACGUAUGAAGGAGGCGAGACGAAGAAGGUGUGGCAUUUGCUGUUCGAAGGGUGGCCCGAUUUCUCGGUUCCCGAGGGAAGGGAUAGAAAGGCGUUGGUCGAGCUGGUGAGGAUGAGUAGGGUGGUCAACGGGGAGGAUGAUGAGAACGGACAAGAAGAUGAGGCAUCACAGGGAAAUCCGCGAGUCGUCCACUGCAGCGCCGGCGUAGGUCGCAGCGGCACGUUCAUCGCGCUUGACUGGCUGCUUCGAGAGUUGGAAGAAGGUGCGUUGGACAAAGUCGACGAGGGGUAUGAUCCCGUAGUCGAGGUGGUGCAGGAGUUGAGGAGGCAGCGGAUGAUGAUGGUGCAGGGAGAGGCGCAGCUGGGGUUCCUGUAUGAGGUGCUCAGGGAGGAGUGGAGGGAGAGGUGGAUAAGGAUGAAUCCGGAGGAGGCGGAUAGGUUGGGGUUGAAGGGGAGGGAGGAGGGAGAGGAGCCGGAGAGGAAGAAAGUCCGGCAGGAAGAGGAGGAGGUUGGUGAGGAGCAGCCUGGGGAUGAGGACGAGGCGGCCGAGAGGAAGGCUGAGGAGGUGGAGGAGGAGGCGGAGAGGGAGGAGAGGGAACGACAGGAUGAGGCUACGGAUGGAGCGAGUUAGGUGUGCGGCUUUCUGGUUUCGAGGGUUUCGAUGACAGCAAUGGUCGGACCCCUUUUUUGUUUAAGGGGUACUGACUACAAAGGCGUACGGAGGGGUUUGUAGGUAUGGUACCUUGGUAUAUCAGCGUGCGGUAUUG